AUGAAGCUCCGGUUGCGAUCGAUGGAGGCGCGCGGCGGUGCCGCCGCCGUCGAGACCCACCGCGUGGACCUGCCGCCCACGGCCACGCUGGCCGACGUGAAGACCCUCCUCGCGUCGAAGCUCUCCGCGGCGCAGCCCGUCCCCGCCGAGUCCGUCCGCCUCUCCCUCAACCGCAGCGAGGAGCUCGUCUCGCCGGACCCCGCCGCCACGCUCCCGUCCCUCGGCCUCGCGUCCGGUGAUCUCGUCUUCUUCACCCUAUCCCCUCUCACGGCCCUAGCGCCGCCGGCUCAGGCCCUGUCCCGGAACCCUAGCCCGGGCUCUGGCACUGCAGCGUCGACCGCUGAGGCUGUCGAUCGCGGGAAGGGUUCGAAGCAGCCUGUUACUGGAGGUUCCUCUUCGUCGUCACAGGUGCAGGCUGUGGUGGUGAACACUAGCUUUCCGGUCGCUUCCGGUCCGCCGGAUGUGGUGAUGGAGGUGGCCUUCGAUGCGACAAAGGGCCGCGGGAAGGGUUCGAAGCAGCCUGUUACUGGAGGUUCCUCUUCGUCGUCACAGGUGCAGGCUGUGGUGGUGAACCCUAGCUUUCCGGUCGCUUCCGGUCCGCCGGAUGUGGUGAUGGAGGAGGCCUUCGAUGCGACGAAGAGCUGGUCGAGUUUUGUGCUUAGGGAUCUCAAGAGGGAGAUGGGCAACGUCGGGGGCGCGGAGGGAACCGCUGCAGGUCGCCUGGUUGCGGCCUUACAUGCAGCUCUGCUUGAUGUCGGCUUUCUCACCGCCACUCAGAUGGGGUCUCACCUCUCACUGCCUCAGGGCUGGCCGUCGGGUGCUUUGAAGCCACUGACCAUCAAGUAUACCAUACCAGAGCUUUCAGCAAUGUUACCUGUGACUGAGGAGGGGAAGGUGGUGGUGCUGAACUACUCCUUGAUGGCCAAUUUCGUUAUGGUAUACUGGUAUGUGCAUGGGGCACAGUCGGAGGUGUGCCGGUUGUGCUUGGAGUUGCCAGGGCUUGAGCCUUUACUUUAUCUGGAUAGCGAUCAGCUGAGCGGAGUGCAUGAGAAGGGAGUUCAUGAUCUGUGGAGAGUGCUGAAGGAUGAGAUUUGCCUGCCAUUAAUGAUAUCAUUGUGCCAACUGAAUGGUUUGCGCUUGCCUCCAUGCUUGAUGGCUUUGCCUGCUGAUCUGAAGACUAAGAUAUUGGAGUUUCUACCUGGGGUUGAUCUUGCAAAGGUUGAGUGCACAUGCAUGGAAAUGAGGAAUCUUGCAUCAGAUGAUAGUAUUUGGAAGAAGUUUGUAUCGAAGUUUGAACAUUAUGGUGAGGGCUCUAGGGGUGUGAGCAAGACUGCGAAGGCCAUAUUUGGAGAGGUUUGGCAGGCCAAUAAGAGACGGCAGAAGAGGUCCGACCCAACCUUUUGGAACUAUGGCUGGGGAAAUAGUCCUUAUAGCCGCCCACUUAGGCUGUCAUUGAUUGGUGGGGACUCGGACAGACUUCCUUUUAUUGGGAAUCCUGGUUCUGUGGGGCAUCACUUUGGAAAUCAAUGA